UGAAAAACCCGAAGGAUUCUACAUUAAUACUUCAACGUUGAUCAUGGCAUGCGCUUCGGUCCAUUACGCGCACUACCUCAGGGUUUUUUGGAGGAACGGUUGCCAAUACUGUUUAUAUGGCUGCCCGCCUGGUUUCGACAACAACAUCCGGAGAUAGUGAAGGCAUUACGUGCGAAUAGAAAUCGUUUGUCAUCUCCCUUCGAUUUGCACAUGACACUUCAACAUAUUCUACAGUUAGGUGAAGGAAAGACAAAUCCGUUGGUUCCGCCGGAGGAUUGCCCCCAUUGUCAAACGCUCUUCAAACCUCUAGCCAAGAACCGCACAUGUUUGGAUGCGGGAAUACCUGAACAUUAUUGCACCUGUGACCUGUAUGAGACCAUAAGCUCUAAACAAGCGAAGAAGUUGCCCAUAGCUGAGCAAAUCAUCGACCAAAUCAAUACCCAUUUAAGAACCACAUUCAAAAAAUAUGACUGCAAACGUUUGUCACUAAAAACAAUCAAAUAUGCAGAACGUAGGGUAAAGGACAAAACGGGAUCUAAUGAAAUCGCCUAUCGUUUCCAUAUCGUUGCUAUUCGCAAAAAAGCUGAAUUUACGGCGACUGUACGUUACAAUAAGGCCUUGAAAAAGAUUGCACAGUUGCCUUUAGAGUCAAUCAAUCGCGUGAACCAAUAUAGGAGUAAUGAAAAUUGUAUAGAUGAUAAAGUUGGUAAAAAAUUGUGCGUUUGCUCUAAAUAGGUCUUGUGCGGAGAAAUUUCAUAUUUAAUAUUUUAAACAUAUUUAAUCUACGUUGGCUGACCGGCUCCAAAAAUAACAAUAAUUGUACCUAACAUUAUUGUACCUUACGCAAUUAUUUUACUUUCUAGUGUAUAGUAUAUUCGUUUGUUUUGAAGACUUGUUAUUGAAGUCGGUUUUUUUGUUAAUUUUUUUUUUAUAAUUUGUCUGAAUUACAUAUUUGCAUGGCUAUUAACGGUCUAGCGAUUUUAACCUGCUAGUGCUGCUCAAAUACUUGCGAGCUGCGAUUUAGUCACAAUAUUUAUCAAAAAUCAACGACAUAGUAAAUGAGGUGACAACUGUUAUUGUUACUGAUAAUGUUUUCAAAAACAUUCAAUAAAACAAUUGUUUUUUAUACUUAGCUUAAUUUAACAAUAAUAAUAGUUAAUAAAAAUAAACAAGCCGCCUGUA